CUCUGAUAAUAAUGUGAGUGGUGAAAGGAGUUGUAGUAGUCAAAGAUAGUAGAUGCAUGUAUUAUAUGUAUGUACAACUCUGAAUAGUUUUCUUUGUCAAAUUAAAAUUGAGUUAUGGCAGCAACAAUAGCCUUGCUUCUUUCUUUACUCAUUUUAGGCGAUGCUCAACAAGUAUUAAAGCUUCAAAAUCCACGAUUGAUGAAUUGCAGAUUUGAUAAAAUAUAUCAAUUUGGUGAUUCAAUUUCCGAUACGGGCAAUUGCAUCAGAGAGACCCUUUGUGAAGUUCAAUCUUGGUGUAAGAGACCUCCAUAUGGAAUCAAUUUUUACCAAAAUGUAACCGGACGUUGUUCUAAUGGCAUGCUCAUCAUUGAUUUCAUAGCGGUGGAAUGUGGUCUUCCUCUCCUGAAUCCAUACAAAGAUGAAAAUGCAGAAUUUAGACAUGGUGUGAAUUUUGCAGUAGCUGGGUCUACUGCUGUAUCAGCCGAAUUCCUGGCAGAGAACAACAUUGAUAAUAUAGGAGCUACCAAUAGUUCAUUGAGUGUUCAACUUGAUUGGAUGUCUUCCCAUUUCCACACAACCUGCUCUCCAAAUUGUCCAGAAAAGUUGAACAACUCACUUUUCCUAGUUGGAGAAAUUGGAGGAAAUGAAUUCAAUUUUGGCUUAUUGCAAGGUAAAACCAUCGAAGAAUUGCGAAGAAUUGUCCCACAAGUUGUUCAGACCAUCAUUCAUGCUGUUAAAAGGAUUAUCGGUUUUGGGGCUACUCGAAUUAUAGUUCCAGGCAACUUCCCUAUAGGUUGUAUCCCAUUGUUCCUAACGGAAUUCAUGACCAACAAUUCAACUGCCUAUGAUGAGCACCAUUGCUUGAAGGACUUGAAUAAUUUUGUAAUAUUCUACAAUCGCUAUUUGCAACAAGCCAUUGAUGAAUUGAAGAAAGAUUACCCAAACAUUACACUGAUUUAUGGUGACAACUACAACGCCUUUAUGUGGCUUCUAGAAAAUGCUGUCAGUCUUGGAUUCGACAACAACUCUCUACAAAAAGCAUGUUGUGGAAUAGGCGGAGAAUAUAAUUACAACGGACAUAGAAGCUGCGGUGAUCCAAUGGUUCCAGUGUGUGUUGACCCGAAUACUCACAUCAGUUGGGAUGGAAUUCAUUUUACACAAAAUGCAUACAGUUGGUUAGCAAGAUGGCUAAUUGAUGAUAUGUUGCCCAAAUUAAACUGCCAAGUUUAACUUCUUACUCUUAAUUGAUGACAAAUUGAAAUAGCUAGUGAUUUUUCUUUAUUGGGAAAGUUCAUCAAUGUUACUCUCUUGAAUGUAAUAGUAUUUGUUAUGAACUCUACCCUCUGAUUAGUAGAAUGCCACUCGAAACUUUUUUAUGGUACUA